CGGGGCGCUCUGGCGGCGCGACGGCCUCGUUCGGGGAGAUUCCCCGCGGCGGGGCGGCACGCGGCCUGCGUGGCCCUGGGGGAGCUGGUUUAACACGCGGCAGGCUUUCGCCACCAAGAUUAUUCAUAAUAAACGUUUUUGGGUUUAGAUCGCGUUAUUUAUAAAUGUGUCGUAACCCUCCACCACCCGACACGGCCAAUCAGCAAACAAGUGUCACGUUGACAAAAGGUUCACUGCUUUAGCCCACCGGUGUGUUGAAGCGUGAAACCACAACAUUUACAUUUUUUGAGUACGACGUUUCGCAGGGCACAAGCCGCUGGUGCCCGCACGGAGCGAGCGGUGAUGGAAGGCGCGGGCAGCGGAGCCGCGCUGCUGGAGGCCGCCGACCCCAAGGCCACGGCUCUGAGCGAUCGCGGGGAGGAGGUGGACGCCAAGGAAGGAGCGGCGGGCGAGGCGGCGGCGGCUGCAGCGCUGGGAGCCGACGAGGAGGACCCGUCCUCGGACCCGUCCUCGCCCGCCGCCCGCGCCAAACUUGAGCGAGAGAAAGCGGAGCGCGCACGGCAGAAGCAUGACGAGGACGAGAUCCAGAAGAUGCAGAUCCUGGUGUCGUCAUUUUCGGAGGAGCAGCUGAACCGCUAUGAGAUGUACCGGCGCGCAGCCUUCCCCAAAGCCGCCUUCAAACGGCUCAUCCAGUCAAUAACGGGCUGCUCGGUGUCACAGAACGUUGUGAUCGCCAUGUCCGGCAUCGCCAAGGUGUUCGUGGGGGAAGUUGUGGAGACAGCGCUGGACGUGUGCGAGGAGUGGGGGGACACACCUCCCCUGCAGCCCAAGCAUCUGCGGGAAGCCGUGCGACGGCUCAAGGCACGUGGGCAGAUUCCCAACACGAAAUACAAACGGGUGCUAUUCCACUGAAUGUACCACACAACACCACCUCCUGCCACCUGUCCAGGGCAACGAGUAGACCGCCAUCUACCAGAAAGAGGGGAGCAUGUGCACCUCACGACAGCGUAUGUAGCCUGCACCGAGCGCAGUUAUGCGGCCUUUAUUUAACUGCAGUGAGCUAUGUAAUGUUCCACAAAUUUGACUGGAGUACAAAUGCCUCCACCAUUUGGUGUUCAUUUACAUUUGUCGAGCCUCAAUGUGCAAGAGUUAGUCACACACCCUAACUUAGUUUACCUCCGUCAGGUAAACAAAUAGGUGGCAAGAUAUGAAAGGUCAUUAACACGACGUGUCGUGGCGUCGUGUUGUGGUAGACGCUGCGCUGCUAAACGUCCAUGCCUUGUGUUGCUGCCCCCCACGUCCUCAUCGCUGCAGCUCAUGCCCAGCCUCCUAACUCAUAAUUUUGCCCAUCGGACAAAGGGAGGCUAGGGGCCCCAGUUGGGAGCUUGGGGGGGGGUCACGUGCUGGGGGCCCGUACCUUCCCGAAGGAUAGAGAAGGGGGGCGUGACCUGAGGUGGAGCCGGCCACGUCGCGGGAGUUAUAAGCGGGGUGUGAACAGAGAGCUGGGCUGUUCUACCCCGGGAUGAAGACAUCAGCAGUCGAGUCGUUUGUGACCAGGCAGCCCGUCUCCUGCCCUGGCCACGCUGUGUAGUAUUCCCCGAGUGUUCGUGAGAUUGGGAUCGGUGGUCACCACCCUGUAUAUAAUGUUCACGUUGGUUGUUAUGUGUUAAUAAAUAGUGUUGCCUUCAA